AUGACAUGGGAAGAUCUAGCUAAUGAUGAACGAGAAAACCAACAUCAGUCAGUGAAGGCUACGAUUGGAUAUUUUCGUUAUGAUCGGAAAUAUGGGAGGCCACGCCACUGGAGAUGGAUGAGAAAUAUCGGUCACUCAAGUCGGCCCACCGACUCCCAAUUCGACCCAAGUGCUGUUGAAAAUAGGAACAUCAAAACGAUGCGAAAGCCGGCAAUCUCAAUUCAAUGUAUUCGUAUGGUGUCGCAUGAAUUCAUAGAGCUUGUGAUGAACGUGUCAACCGUACCAUCACCGUCCGAAAGAUCUGAAGCAGGGCCACGAAAGGAUGUUUCCAAGUUCGAAGACUACAAGAAUAGAAAGAUUGGCAGUCAUUCACACACCUCUCAACGGCUUCAAGGAGUCAUUAUGAAAAAUAGUACCUGCAAUUUUGAGGCAAACCGAGGUCUCCUCAGCGUCGUUUCACAAUAUCAUAUUUACCCCCCUAUGGAUACGACGGGCGCGGGAUGA